AAAUUAACCCAAUAUACGUCUCCUCCCCGGCACACACCUCCCUCCGUUCUCCGUUCUCCGAUUCUCCGAUUACAUUCCAGAAUUAUAGAAAUCCAUCCUGCAGUCUCAGAUUAUCCUCUGUGCUUGGUGGAGAACUGCUUCUGGAGUAAACCUUCCCUGUCUCUUCCACGUCAGUUGAGUAAACUCAUGAUUCUGGGAGGUCUGGAUGAGAAGGAAGGGAAGGAGGGGAAAAGAGAGGAGUUUAUCAGGAUGGAGGGAGGAUCCUGUAGAUCAGAUGAACAGGAGAGAAAAGAGUGCGCUGGGUGUGGAAAUAAAAUUCAUGAUAAAUUUCUUUUAAAGGGAAACCUGUUGCUAUGUAAAAGGGACUAUCUUCGGUUAUUUGGUUCAACUGGGUAUUGUUCAGCCUGCAAUAAGGGACAGUAA